UCUGUAUAAUAAUGAGGGGUAAGGAGUAAAUAAGGUUAUUUUAUUUUUUAUUCAGCUUAUUUUGUUUCUUUAUUACGAAAGCUUUUCUCCACUCAAUUUAUGUAAAAAAAAAUUCCAUAAAAUUUUGUCAAUUGAUUUUUUUUUACAUUAAAUUAUGCCCCCAAUUUUUUAUAAAUUAAAUUAUGCCUCAAAUUAUUUUAUAUCGAAUUAUGCUCAACAUUUUGUUUACAUCAAAUUAUGCCCCAAAAGUUUUUUUUACAUCCAAUUAUGCCCAAAAUUAUUUUUACAUCAAAUUAUGCCUCAAAUUAUUUUACAUAGAAUUAUGCUCAACAUUUUUUUUUACAUCAAAUUAUGCCCCAAAUUAUUUUUACAUCAAAUUAUGCCUCAAAUUCUUUUACAUCGAAUUAUGCUCAACAUAUUUUUACAUCAAAUUAUGCCCCAAAAGUUUUUUUUACACCCAAUUAUGUCCCCCAAUUCUUUUAUAUCAAAUUAUGCCCACAUUUUAUUUUUUACAUCAAAGUAUGCAAAAAAAAAUUUUUUACAUCAAAUUAUGCCUCAAAUUAUUUUACAUAGAAUUAUGCUCAACAUUUUUUUUUACAUCAAAUUAUGCCCAAAAUUAUUUUUACAUCAAAUUAUGCCUCAAAUUCUUUUACAUGGAAUUAUGCUCAACAUAUUUUUACAUCAAAUUAUGCCCCAAAAGUUUUUUUUACACCCAAUUAUGUCCCCCAAUUCUUUUAUAUCAAAUUAUGCCCACAUUUUUUUUUUUACAUCAAAGUAUGCAAAAAAAAAAAAUCUUUUACAUCAAAUUAUGCCUCAAAUUAUUUUACAUCGAAUUAUGCUCAACAUUUUUUUUACAUCAAAUUAUGCCCAAAAUUAUUUUUACAUCAAAUUAUGCCUCAAAUUAUUUUACAUCGAAUUAUGUUCAACAUAUUUUUAUAUCAAAUUAUGCCCCAAAAGUUUUUUUUACACCCAAUUAUGUCCCCCAAUUCUUUUAUAUCAAAUUAUGCCCACAUUUUUUUUUUUACAUCAAAGUAUGCAAAAAAAAUGUUUUUACAUCAAAUUAUGCCUCAAAUUAUUAUACAUCGAAUUAUGCUCAACAUUUUUUUUUUUACAUCAAAUUAUGCCAAAACAUUUUUUACAUUAAAUUAUGUCCCCAAAUUAUUUUUUUUACAUCCAAUUGUGCCAACAUUGAAUACAAAUGUGUGAGCAAAAUGUUUGUUUCAAAAGUGUUUUAAAAUUGUGGAAAAGUUAAGUGUUAAAAAAACAUUUUGUGGAGAAAAAAAUCAGUGCAGAAAUAUUGAAAUAUAAUUCAAAUAUUCCAAAUGAAGACACAAGCAAAAUCCUGCCUCAGAAGCAGCCAAUGAGGUGCUUCAGUUCUAUUUUACCAGAAGCGAUCAACAUUUAUGCAUUGUAUUUUUUUCACACUAAAUUUUUAAACACUGGAUUUUAAAACUUUUAUUUUUA